AUGGGUUUUCUUGUUAUCAUCUUCACCUUCAUAUUGCUCUUUUUCUUCCUAACCUUGUCCCUCUUCAUACUUAGAAUCUUCACCGGCAGUCCAUCAGAAACCCAAACUACCCACCUACUCUAUGACUACCAAACUGAAGUUGCCAAAACACAGUCAACUUACAGGCUUCUAGCCCCGCAUCACAGCGAAUUAUACACGACUGAUGCACGAAACGUUGAACAUGUUCUGAAAACCAACUUUGCCAGCUAUUCGAAAGGGGCGUAUACGCAAGCUAUUCUGUCUGAUGUUUUUGGCCAAGGAAUAUUGUUGUGGAUGGAGAAAAGUGGAAGCAGCAGAGGAAGCUUGCAAGCUUCGAGUUCUCGACGAGAGUUCUCAGAGACGUUAGCUGCUCUGUGUUUAGAAGAAAUGCUGCCAAACUGGUUAAAGUUGUUUUUGAGAUUUCAGGUUCCAAUGGGGUUUUUGAUAUGCAAUCUGCAGGCUAAGAUAGACUUGUUCAGUGUUGCUUCAUCAAAUUGGUUUCAUAAAAGCUCAACUCUGAGCUAUGCUUAUAAAAUUGGGGCGGACUUGCUUAUGAGAUGUACCUUGGAUUCCAUAUUCAAAGUUGGGUUUGGAAUAGACCUGAAUUGCUUGGAGGGGUCAAGCAAAGAAGGGACUGCAUUUAUGAAGGCCUUUGAUGAAUCAACUGCUCUGUCCUACUUUCGCUACGUUGAUCCAUUCUGGAAACUGAAAAGAUUUCUCAACCUUGGUUCCGAGGCCUCCCUUAAAAAGUAUAUCAAAGUCAUUGAUGAUUUUGUGCACCAAGUUAUCAGGAGCAAGAGGAAAUUGCUAGAGGAGCAAAAGGAUGUUAAUGACAAGGACGACAUACUAUCGAGGUUUCUACUGGAGAGCGAGAAGGAUCCAGAAGAAAUGAAUGACAAAUAUCUAAGGGACAUCAUUCUGAAUUUUAUGAUUGCUGGCAAGGACACCAGUGCAAAUACCCUCUCAUGGUUCUUCUACCUGCUCAGCAAGAACCCUCUAAUACAGGAAAAAGUUGUACAAGAAGUGAGGGAUGUCGUUGGCAAUCAAAUCGGUGAAGCGAAAAUCGAUGAAUUUGUGGCGAACAUAACUGAUGCAACUCUUGAACAAAUGCAUUAUCUUCACGCGACAUUGACAGAGACGUUGAGGCUAUUCCCUGCAGUUCCCAUUGAUGGGAGAUAUGCAGAGGUAGAUGACAUUCUUCCUGAUGGCUUUAGAGUGAGAAAAGGAGAUGGAGUAAACUACAUGACCUAUGCCAUGGGCAGAAUGCCUUAUAUUUGGGGAAAAGAUGCUGACGAUUUCCGACCUGAAAGAUGGCUCAACAAUGGAAUUUUCCAGCCUGAAUCACCCUUCAAAUUCGUCGCAUUUCACGCGGGUCCUCGGAUUUGUCUAGGGAAGGACUUUGCUUACCGGCAGAUGAAGAUAGUAGCGACUGCUCUUCUUUGCUUCUUCCGCUUUAAAUUGGCUGAUGAAACGAAAAGUGUAACAUAUAGGACCAUGUUCACCCUGCACAUAGAUGGCAGUCUCCCUAUGCUUGCAGUUCCAAGGACAGCCUGA